AUGGGCUAUGUGCGUCCUGCCGCCCGGCAGUCAGUUUGGGUACCUCCUAAGAGUGAACUUAUUGUGUGGGGUCGCACCUGUACUGGGCCGGGUGGGAAAGAUUACUCUGCUGUACUGGAGGCUAUGCCCGACGCAGAGGCAUGGGGAGUAGCCAGAACCCUUGCCGUGGUUAAAAAUGGGCGUGUCCCCGUUCGCGUCUGCAACCCCCACCCUUACCCAGUUUCAAUAGGGCGCUAUCAAAACCUGGGCAGGUUAUACCAGGUGGAGGAGGCUGACGUCCAGGGAGCCCGUGACCUGAGCCUGAGCAUCGGUCCAGAUGGUGUUGUGGAAGUUGGCAUGGUAGACACCCGGAGCCCAGAGAGAAACUCAAACGAGGAGGUGAGCAAACUCAUUGAUUCAACAUGCUUAACGCCACAACAGCAGUCCGAGCUCCGCUCACUCCUGGAGAAGUGGAUGAAGGUUUUUGCGUCAGAUGAGGAGGAUUUCGGGAGGACUGACCUGGUCCAACAUCGCAUCCAUACUGGAGAAGCCCCGCCCAUCAAGGAAAGUAACGGGGAGCUCCAGCGGAAGCCCCAUGCUCAUGUGUGCUACGUGAGAAACAAGAUGGUGGAGAGUCUGCUGGGGGCCCGGUCCGUCUGCUGGGAGAAAGGCCAUUUCCCGGUGACCGCUCUUCUCUGA